CGAGAGCUCCGCCCUCCCUGUGGGGUGGGCCCCGGUCGGUGAGGCUGAGUAUCCCCUUCUCCCUCCUGGGCCCGCGAGGACGCUGAGGGAUUUGGCACCAUGUCUGUGUCAAGGCUGGCUCGGUUGCUUGGCUGCGUCCCGGCCACCGCGUGGAGAGCGGCAAGAUCACCCCUUUUAUGUCAUUCUGUGAGGAAAAUGAGUUCUCAAGGAGAAAAAUCCAAACCCAUCAAACAAUCUCUUAAGAAGCCAAAGUUACCAGAAGGUCGUUUUGAUGCACCCGAAGAUUCUAAUUUAGAGAAAGAACCACUGACAAAAUUUCCAGAUGAUAUUAAUCCUGUUACCAAAGAAAAAGGUGGACCUAGAGGCCCAGAACCUACCCGAUACGGAGAUUGGGAACGAAAAGGACGCUGUAUUGAUUUUUAAGACACAUAUUAUUAACUUCAAUAUCUUUUUCUGAAUAUGUACAUCUGAAUUUAUUUCCAGUUUUUUCUUUCUGUAUAUCCUUUAAGUCAUUUAAUUUCUGUAAUGUGUUUAAAAACAUAAAUAAUGCCUUGAAAGAAAAUAUGCUGCUAUAAAUUAAGGGGAAAUAGUUGUACAUUAGCACAUUAAUUUAAUUUAAAUAUAUUGGAGUAUAUAAAUGGUGAUUAGAGCUGCAAACUCAUUUCAUCACAUUUCAGUUUAUGUUAAUCAGCUGCUUAUAAAAUGCAAAUGUAAAUAAAACAAGUUUUAAUGAUUUUUA